AUGAUGCCGUUUGGGACAGUGCCAAGGAGUGUCUCAGCCUUAGAGCAUCAGUUUGUCAUUAGCCUGCCAAGCCUCACAAUACAGCGAAAACCGGGUGGCUUCUGUCUUCAAAUGCAGGUAAUAUAAUAAAGCAAAUAAUUGAGCAAUAAUUAUUGCAUUUGCGUGGAAUUGUUUGUGUAGAUAAUUGAGGAAAAAAUUGUCUUUCUGUAGUUAUUUAUGUCACUCUAUGGUUAGAUGUUCUGAAUGAGCUUUUUUCCCCAUUUAUAAGACGAUAAGGCGAACACAAUGUAGACCUAUUUGAGCAUUGAGUUUAGCUAAGGAGCGAUGAGCAAUAUGAAAGCACGUACAAUGAAAUCAUAGGCUAUAAUACUAUACAGUUCUAAAUAUGCCUCAUAAGAUUGGCGAUGUUCCUAAUCUUAUAGGGAGUGUCUAAGAAACAUGUACAAAAAAAAUAGAAAUAAAUAGAAAGGUAUUUGAAUUAUCACUUUCUAUUUAAUUCCAAUUUGCUUGAAUAAUUUUGAAAUGGAGAUUGUUUUGUUGAUAUAUGGGUAGCCUAUAGUAAUUGUAUCAACCAAAACUCUGAACAUACAAAGUCCUUUAAAGGUCCAAAACUCCAUCCCACCAAAACAGGCUGAAAUUUCAGGCAGUCUUUUCAAACAGCGCUUACACUAAAAGUGCAUUAUCAUAAUUUUCACAAUUUCACAGUAUUACUCCAACCUCAUAGUGUGGAAAUAUACACUGAGUGUUUAAAACAUUAGGAACACCUGCUCUUUCCAUGACAGACUAAUCAGGUGAAAGUUAUGAUCCCUUAUUGAUGUCACCUAUUAAAUUCAAUUAAAUCACUGUAGAUGAAUGGGAGGAGACAGGUUAAAGAAGGAUUUUUAAGCCUUGAGACAAUUGAGACAUUGAUUGUGUGUGUGCCAUUCAGAGGGCGAAUGGGCAAGACAAAAUAUUUAAGUGCCUUUGAACGGGGUAUGAGUGUGUCAAAAACUGCAAUGCUGCUGGGUUUUUCACGCUCAACAGUUUCCCGUGUGUAUCAAGAAUGGUCCACCACCGAAAGGACAUGCAGGCAACUUGACACAACUGUGGGAAGCACUGUAGUCAACAUGGGGAAUCCUUUCUACACCUUGUAGAGUCCAUUCCCCGAUGAAUUGAGGCUGUUCUGAGAGCAAAAGGGGGUGCAGCUCAGUAUUAGGAAGGUGUUCCUAAUGUUUUGUACUGUAUAAAACACAGGAAAAUCAAAUUUUUGACUGCACUGGGCCUUUUAAACAUAGAUUUGAAAGGUGAUUUAGGCUUGCUGUGUCUGUGUUCUGUGCCUGGAAUGUUCUAUAUGUAAUUAUAUGGUUCUGUGUCCCUGACAGAGAACUGAUCAGAGCAUGUCAGAGCUAGAGAGUUCCAUGAUCGCCAUCAUCCAUGUGUUCCAUAAAUACUCGGGCCACAAGUGCAAGUUGAAGAAGGCAGAGCUCAAAGAGCUUAUCAAUAAUGAGAUGAGUCACUUCAUCACUGUGAGUCACUCUCUGUCUGUAUCUCAAAUGGCACCCUACACUCUUAGAAAAAAAGGAGCUAUCUAGAACCUAAAAGGAUUCUUCAGCUGUCCCCAUCUAGGAGAACCCUUUGAAGAACCCUUUUUGGUUCCAGGUAGAAAGAACCCUUUUGGGUUCCAUGUAGAACCCUUUCCAUAGAGGGUUCUACAUGGAACCCAAAAGGGUUAUUUCUACCUGGAACCAAAAAGGGUUCUACCUGGCACCAAAAAGUGUUCUCCUACGGGGACAGCCGAAUAACCUUUUUUCUACGAGUGUAUUCCCUAUACAGUGCACUACUUUUGACCAGAGCCCUACAGGCCCUGGACAAGAGUAGUGCACUAUAAUAGGGAAUAGGGUGCCAUUUGGGACAGACCCUCUGUUUGUCCUCUGAGUAUAUUACUACGUACGACAACACUAUCUAUCAUUUAAAUUCAUCUGAAGUGUGUCAUCAUGGUGUUAUACAACUGGCCUACAUCCAAUUAGAAAAAGAGGAAUCGUUUUUUAGCCUUCUGUAUGAAUAAAAAAUGAUACAAUAAGGAAUUAUAUUAAACAGCUGAUUGCAAUGAUUUAGAUUAUUAUUCUAUGAUUAUUAGAUUAUUACGCUUUACUUAAAGCCUGCAGGUGAAUGCUUUAUUACUUGUUAUAAGCAUGUAUGGGCCUAUAGAACAUUUUUAACUCACAUAACCUGACACAAAUUCUAAUCAGACACAGAUUACCCUUCACAGUUGACUGUUCUUGUCUCUUUUAAGAAUAUCCAAGAUAAGGAGACUCUGGAUGAGCUGUUUGCAGAUCUGGACCAGAACAGAGACCUGGAGAUCGACUUCCAAGAGUUCAUCGUGCUGAUCGCCAUGGUGACGUCAACGUGCCAUGAUCUCUUCAGCACAUUUCACCACCAUUAGUGACACAAUGUAAACAUUUUACAUUACAUUUUAGUCAUUUAGCAGACGCUCUUAUCCAGAGCGACUUACAGUUAGUGAGUACAUACAUUAUUUUUUUAUUUUUCAUACUGGCCCCCCGUGGGAAUCAAACCCACAACCCUGGCGUUGCAAACGCCAUGCUCUACCAACUGAGCUACAUCCCUGCCGGCCAUUCCCUCCCCUACCCUGGAUGACGCUGGGCCAAUUGUGUGCCGCCCCAUGGGUCUCCCGGUCGCGGCCGGCUACGACAGAGCCUGGAAUCAAACUAGGAUCUCUAGUGGCACACCUUAGACCACUGCGCCACUCGGGAGGAUAAAGGGGAAGACUUGAGCGAGUGACCGUGUGUCUGUGUGUGACCAGCAAAACAUGCAUACAUACUGUGUAACCCUCUCACAUAAAGAUCAUGAUGAUAAAACUACUUUGUUUACAUUAUAUUGAUUUUAUUAUUGUAUAAUAGUUGUGUAUAUAAAAUCUAACAAAUCAAUGACAACAAUACAUAAAUACUUACAUUAAUCUGUAUCCUGAAAAUAGUGAAAGAAAACAUUGAGUCCACUUGAAUUUGGACAGUUGGGUGAGCUUUGAGUCUUGCAUUGUGGAGUGACCCAUGUGAGAUGUACCGUUCUAUCCCAAAGUGGUCAUAAGGCUAUUUGUAUUCCUUUCCCCUUAGAUGACGUUCCAUAAAUUCCAGGGUCCUCUUCCAGGCGUCCUCUUGGGUGGCAGCAUGCGGUACCAGGUGCCCUCCCCAGAGAGUGAUCACUAUAUGGAAAAACAACAGGACAGCAUGGGAAAUAACCUGAAAAUACUAAUCGCAAUGUAGUUCCCUCAUUUCUGAGAUACUGCAUGUUAAUUAUAAUGUCUGUUACCAUUUUGUCAAAUACCCUUUUUUGGAAACCCUUUAAAUUUGAAUGCAUAUGUUAGUGCUUGUAAGUGGAUAUAUAAAUGAAGAAUAAAGGACUAAUACAUUUACUUCAAG